UACAAAUAUUGACGUCAUCGCCAGAAGCACUCGCCAUUUGCAAUCAAACAGAGGAAGGAAGAACGGACAGGGAGGCAAAUGGUUCCUAAUUAUGAACAUUAUGGACGUGUGAUCAUUCCAUUUAUGUAAAAGGACGUAUAAUUAUUUGUGAGUCAAGAUGGAGAACGAAGUUAUCAACGACUACAAGUCAUCUCUCGUGGAUUUGACGUGCAACAGCAAGCCGUUGAUCAACAUGCUGACCAUGCUGGCGGAAGAAAACGAGCAAUAUGCGUCGCACAUUGUCGAAGUGAUCGAAACGCAUAUAAAUCAGGCGAAUGAAAAGAAGAAACUACCGUCACUGUAUCUUGUAGACUCCAUUGUCAAGAACUUGCCCAAGACAACCUACCCAAGUCUUUUCUCGCACAACAUUGCUUCUGUAUUCAGUGGCAUGUUUGAAAAGGUGGAUGAGAAAACAAGACAAUGUAUGUUCAAAGUACGACAGACGUGGAACGAAAUAUUUCCAAACAGGAAACUAUAUGCCAUAGACGUACGAGUGAAUCUUUUGGACCCAGCCUGGCCUAUUACUGCACAGCCUCCUGUUGAAAAUAGUAUCCAUGUCAACCCGAAGUUCCUGGCAGCAAAGCAACAGAAGGAAGAGGAGAUUUUGGACGAUGAUGAUCUCAUCAUCCACGAUACAGUUACUGAGGAACAGGAAGCCCUGAUGCGACAACAACUCAUCGCUAAGCAACAGGAACUGCUGAAACUGCAGCAACAGCGUUUAGAACUAGAACUGAAGGAGACAAAGGCCAAACUUGAUCAACAAAAACAGGUGAAUGCUGGUAAAUCCAGUCAAAUGGAAACAGAAGAAUCAGCCAUGAGUUCAUCGGAUAAAUUGGAUCUUCCGAUUCUUUCUACAUCCAAACCUGCUACAGAGACCACCAAACCACCUCCUGUGACUACAAGUGCUCCUAGUCGACCGACCACUCGGGACCCUCGUCUUGCAUCCAGAGAUCCUCGUUCUGGCAACAGAGACCCUCGUCUCAAAGGAAAGAGUGUUACUGAAUCUAGACCACCUCCAGUGUCAAAGCCAGAAAGUAGUCCUACACUCGCUGAGAAUUCUGAACUGGCCUCAGUUCCCACCUCAAUAGUUGUGCCCACUUCUCUGAUGGCAUACCCACCACCUCCCUUACCCAAUAUGAUGCCACCUACUGGUAUGAUGCCACCUGGAAUGAUGCCAGGCUACAUGCCACCAGUGAUGAAUAUGCAGCCACAGACAAAUCUCCUACCUCCAGCAGGUGCUCCAGGACGAACUGUAAUGCUACCAGGCAUGCUACCUUUCCCAAUGCCGACUGCUCGUAUGGGUAUACCAGUCCCCCCACCGCAGGUAGUUAAUGUCAACAAUCAGGCUAUUCCUAAAAAUGACAUGCCAGUUUCUAAGUCUAGUAACGACAAGUCGACUCAUGAAAAAUCAAACGGUAAAGUGAGUAAGAGCUCAUCAUCUCAACACUUGUCACAGAAAUCAUCCACAGACCACAAGUCUAAGGAUGUGAAGGACAAUUCAAGGUCAAGUCGCGACACGCGUGCCGACCGUAAACACAGUGAUAAACGUGACAGCAGCAGUGCUAGUGCUAAAAGUAGUCGACAUUCCGAUUCCAAACGCUCCUCAGUGGAAAAAGACCGUGAUCAAAAAGACAACAAAGACAUAAAGGAACGUAAGUCAUCGUCGUCAUCUAGUCGUCGUGAAAGUCCCAGAUCAAGCUACAGUAAUUCAAAAGAGGAAAAGGUAAAAACAAGAAGUGACACUAAAAGUGAAUCAAAGUCUAAAAAGAGUGACAAGGACGAUAGUUCCCGACAUAAGAGGAGUAGUAGAGAUUCAGAUGAAGACAGUAAGAAGAGUAAUCGUAGUGAUGACUCAGAUGAUCGGAGACGCGAAAGCACACGCUCAACACGCAGCUCAAAAGCCAGAACGAGAUCUAGAUCACCAGUGAAAUCCAAAUCUCCCGAGUCGAAAAAGUCAAAAAGUAAAUCGAAGGAGAAAUCUGAUAAGGCAGACAAAACUGACAAAAAAACUACAAAGGAAGAAAGUAAGAAGUCAUCCACGAAAAACAGUAAAAAGACGGAGAAAGAGUCCAAGGAUAAGACAGUAGAGAAUGAAAAAAGUGAAGCUGUGAAAGUUAAAGAAGAGCCUGUUGAGAUAGAUACAGAUGAUAGACUGUCGGCCAAGGUAGAUCAGAUUCAGGAGAUAAAAGUAGAAAAAAUGGAGGAACCAGUUGUUGAGCCAACUGGACAGGAUGUGCCAAACGUUGCCACAGUUGAGGAAAUGGAUGUUGAUGAUAGACAGACUCACCCUCCUCAGGCUCCAGAAAGCCUGAAACGUGAACAUGAAGACAAAAAGGAGAAGAGUGAUGCUACAGAGGAGGGCCCAAGCUCAAGUAAGAAACCACGUCUGGAGGAGGAGACGGAACUCAACUCCGCCAAGGUGAUGGAUGAGGAUAUCAGUUCUUUGUUUGGUUCUGAAGAUCAAGACUACAGAAGCCAAAGGGAUGCCCCUGGUCCUCCGUUGAAAAGUCCCUUCCAUGAUAAAUGGAUGAAGUUUCGAGAAAAUCAUCCUGGCGACUUCAAGUAUGAGCUGGACCUCCAGAAGGGUAGAGAUUUGGCUGCCCAUGACGUGGACCACCGAAGAACUAGCUCGGAGUCCGAUACUCUGAAGGAUGUGGAUCAUAGACACGAAGUUCCUCAGGAUAUCGAUCUUCGAUCAUCAACCGCUCGUAAAAGCAUGGACCAGGACGCAAGAGAUUUUGAUAGUCGACCCCAUGCUAAACCUGUCCAUAUACCUGCAGCCCUGCAACUAGAUCAUCGGGAAGAGAUUCUUGAACAGAUCGAGCAGCGGCGACGGUCCGGUGAUCUGAGUCAUGAUAUGCACCAGGAAUUGCUUCACCAACUAUCGCGGUUGGAUAAUGUACAACGUCAGCAAGACCGACUCGAUUAUCCCAACAAUCCUCAGGGGUCUACCAGUCCGAUCCGUGAUACAGACCGCCGUGGUAGAGAUGCAUGGCAGUACAGGUCGCCACUCAAAGACCCGCCCCAGAGCAGAUCUUACGAUGGAAGGCCAGAUUUCCAAAGAACCAAUAGAUACAGAGACGGGCCCCUGAAGGACUUUGACAAUAGGCACGGACCAGAUAGGAACUUUGAGAGGAGACGAACACCUCCGUUAGACCACCCUGGUCCUUUGCGUGAUAGAAAUCCAAGAGACCUUGAUAAUCGACAUGGUCCUGAUUUUGACGACAGACGCAGACCUCCUCAUAACAUGGAUGGACCCAACAGAGACUUUGACAACAGGCUUGGACAAACAAAUGAUUAUGAUAGACGACAUGAACCUCCAAUGGUCAACAGACCGCCAAGGGACUGGCAGGGACCAGAUGACCGACUGAGGUCCGGACCAGGUCGGGGUAGAGAUUGGAAUUAUAAUGAAAAUGAAGGUCGGGGCUGGCACAAUCGAGGUCACUGGAAGGAUAACCCUGGCUUUAGAGAUGAUGGCCCUCCAGGACGUUACCAUGACCAUCGGCCGCGAUUUAACCAUGAUGAACGUGGACCACCAGAUGGGCCUCAUGGCAGGAAUGGACCAUUUAAUGACAGAGGGCCACACAUGGGUCCACCAAGACAUGAAGGACCAAUUAAGCGGGACCCAUUCAUCAAACGUCAGCAGUCAACAGAUCCUAGAUGGAGGAGGAUUGUGGGAUAUAAUGGACCAGAUGAAAAUGAAGAGUUUGUAAUUGAUGGACGGCCAUAUGGAAUCGCUGUUGGGCAACCAGCAAGAAAAAUACGUGUGGCAGGGCGGGCUAUCGAGGUCUUCGCUGAUCCAAAUGAACGGGCAAUACGUGUUGAUGGUUCCAUUGUGUACAGGUUUGGAGAUAUGGUUAGAGAAGUGAACAUUGGCCGUAUGACACUCAAAAUGUUCUAUCACGGCCUGCCACGCUCCAUCUGGAUCGACGGUGUCAUGAGGGAACUGCGUGUUGAUGCACCACCGAAAAUCAUCAACAUUAAGGAUAAGGAGCAUACGAUACGCAUCGAUGGGCGUGAUCUGAUGAUCCUUAUAGACAAUAAAGAAAUGGGAGUAUUGGGUGGGCCGCCCAGGUACACCUUUAUUGACAAUAACCGCUGCGAGUUCAGGUUCGAUCCCCCACCUCGUAAGAUCUUGAUCGAUGGCACAAUGUGUGAACUGAAGUUAGACAGAGCUAUUCCCUGUAUUGUCAUCAACAACAAGAAAAGGGGAAUACGCUUUGACGGCCCCCCGCGGGAGAUUAUUGUUGACAACAUCAAUUACGUUGUGCCCGUGGAUGAUUGUGUGAAAAUUCGCAUCAAUAACAAACCUCAUUACUUGGCCUUUGGAGGGCCAGCUCACGAAGUGAUAUUAGAUGGCAAAUGGUUUGAGGUGAAAUUUGAUGGGCCAGCUAAAGAGAUUUCCUUAGGAAACCGUCUUAUAUAUGUAAGAUUAGUAGGUCCUCCACCAGAAGUAAAAAUUUUAGAUGAAAUAAUUGAUGAGCCGGAAUCUGUUCCUAUGCGACAUGAGGGCGCUCAGCCAAUGCAAAAUGGCCCUCCGCAACCCAUGCAGACUUCCGGACCUGGACAACCACAAGUGAUGAUGAUGGGCGGUCCGAUGGAGCCACAGCCAUUGAUGCAAGGAAUGGUUCAGCCAGGGCAGGUGAUGAUGAACCCCAUGCCACAACAGCCAGUAAUGUCCGCACCAGGGCAACCAGCAUUCAGCGGUGUGAUGUCACAGAAUCCGAUGGUACCCACACAAAUCCCAGGUAUAAUGCCCGCUGUGUCUGGAGCUGUUAACACUGGCUUCCCUAAUCAGGCACCAGCCCAACAAGCAUCAGGUAACCAGAUGAACAUCAACUCGCUGCUUCAGCGACUCAUGGCUGCCGGUAUCAUCCCAGCCAAGGACAGUGGAGAGAAAAAAGACACCACCGAAACACCCGAACCCCCUAAACCACCAGAGAUUCAGACCGGGAAAAACGUCAAUCCUAAGGCAGUCAAGAAAGACAACUUCAUUAAGCCAGUAUUCAAGCAAGUGAAGAUAAAAGAUGUACCGGAUCUCACAGAACUGAAGACAGACAAACUGAAAAAGUUUCACGAGGGAGUCAUACAGUGUCUGUUCUCGGGUAUCCAGUGCUCGGCGUGUGGUCAGCGUUUCUCUGCUCAACAGACAGAGAGAUACAGGGAGCAUCUAGACUGGCACUUCCGACAGAACCGCCGAGACAAAGAUGACGCCAAGGUGACCAAGUACAGGCGCUGGUACUAUGAUGUGUCGGAUUGGAUAACAUAUGAAGAAAUAGAUGAAUCUGAAGAUAAAGGUCGCAGUAACGUGUUUGAGAAGAUGAUAGCUACAGCUAAUGCACCCAGUGCUUCAAGUGUUCCACAGGAAACUGUUGUAAAUGUCCCAGAGGGAUCAGCGAUCAUCCACUGCCCUCCAGCUACUGGGGAGGAGAAAGGCGAUAUGUGCGAGAUUUGUAGAGACCCAUUUGAACAGUUCUGGAAUGAAGACCAAGAGGAGUGGCAUCUGAGGGAUGCCAUUCGUGUGGAAAAUAAGACGUACCAUCCCAUCUGUUAUGAAGAUGAAAAAGAGGGCAGUAUACUGGAACCCACCCCUACCCCAGUCAAGGCUCCUUUGGAGAAUCCAUUGACAAAACAGAUCAAAGAGGAGGAGGCAAACCCGAUCAUUCUUCAGAUCCGACAGGAGCUGGGCGAGCUGCCCAUCUCUGCUAUCGACAUGAGUAAGGUCAAGGUGAACAAAACCAAGCUGUUUGUUCCAGAAGAUGACGAGGAGGAGGAGCCAGCUCCAGCAGCUGAAGUUCAGAAGGAGGCUGUCCAGGAAAGGGACAAUGAGGAGGACGAAGCAGAGACGGACAGUGUUAUGAAGAUCAUCAAGUCUGUGGUGAAAACUGAGCCUGGGCUAUGACACGUGUCAGAACCAUGAUCUCUUCAUCAAUGUCAUCUUGUACUGGUCAUAAUUGGCGUAAAUACGGUCCCCCCACCAACGAUUUUUACGAGACUUUUAAAAGACAAAAGAAUGUUGUGUGAUCAAAGGCAAUGUCCUUUCUAGGUACAGCACUGUCCAGUUUUAUCGUGCUACUAGUCAGUCCAUAUUGCUGGUCAGUCUAUCUCUGGUCAGUUCAUCAUCCAGUCAUUGUUUUGCAACAACAGAUAUGGGUUUGGAACUUUGUUGAAAUAUUUUGUUUUGAAUAUAUAAAGGCACUCCAUUCUGUUGGUUCUGCAUCCAUCCAUCCAUCCACCUCACUCCAAAGCAUUUUGUGAUAAAAUGGCCUUAUUUCUCUGCUGUACGGGUAAAAAAACCAUUUCAAGGUCAUUCAAGGUUUUGUGUACGGCAGAUUUUGUAUUUUUAUUUUAAUAGUCAUCGAUAAUUUGGUAAAUAUUAAUUUAUUUCGUUAUCACCAACACAGGAAAAAAUAUAUCUGCACUAGCCCAUAGGCUUUGAUUCUUGGGACUUAAUGUGGAUAUAACAAUUUUCUGCACCAGUUCCCGAGGAAAUGGGAUUUCAUCCCAUCUAAGGCAGCGUUCAAUGUUUCUUUCACUGUAAUGUGCAGAAAGCAAGUUUUGUGAGUUAUGAACUCUUUAAUUUAUUCCUUUCUCAUAAACCUAUUUUGUGAGAUGUAUUUUUAUGAAGUAAAUAUUCUGUAUAAAACUUUGUGUAAAUGUGCUGUACAUAUAUAUAUGAUAUUUUUUUAUGUUGCGGAAUUAAGUUUUUCCGACUAUAGUUCCUGAUUUUAAGUGCUUUUUGGUGUACAUUAUACCAAGUGCAAUGUCUAAUGACAAAUAUUAACUCUAAACAAACAAGCUCAGUGGUGACAUAUUUUUUCCCCAAGAAAUGGUAAAAAAAAUUAUGCUAAAUUGAGAAAAGUGUUGAAAACUCUCUGCAGUUCUAGGUAGAUUUUGUUGCAGUUGUUUUGUAAUAUAAGUAAUAUUGUUUUGUUUUUGUUUUGAUAUAUAAUUAUGGUUUAAAAAGGAUUGCAGGGAGUUAUUUACAAAAAAUGAUCUUUCGGGUUUUCUACCUCCAGAAAUGUUACCAAUUUUAUUGAACUCGUGGUGUGCAUGAUGUCAUUUAUAUUCUCAUCAAAUGGAAAACUUGAUAUAUAUACUUAGUGGUGGGCCGAUGAUAGAAAAUAAUUGAGAAUUAUCUUGGGGAGGCGGGGGAUAAAACUGAUCAUCAAUGACUUUGACAUCGAUGAUUUUGAAAAGAAAAUUAAUCCAAAAUUUCUGGAAUGUUCAUAAAUCUUUGGCUUUGAGUAUUUUUGUAGUGUUACUGGACCAAGAAGCAGUAGAUCUUAUAUCCUAGUGAUAUGUUUCCAUUGGUCUUUUA